AUGGAUUAUGCCCAAUUUGGUGAUGUUAUCACAUUUGAUACGACUUACAAGUUAAACAAAGAACAUAGACCCUUCGCAUCUUUUGUGGGAUUCAACCAUCAUAGGGAAACAGUUAUAUUUGGUGUAGCAUUGUUGUAUGAUGAGACCACCGAAUCGUUUGUAUGGUUGUUUGAAAAUUUUCUAGAGGCUAUGUCAAGAAAGGCACCAAAAACUUUUUUCACCAAUCAAGAUGCUGCAAUGGCUAAAGCCAUACCCAUCGUUAUGCCUGACACAAGUCACCGAUUGUGUACUUGGCAUUUGAUGCAAAAUACAUUAAAACAUGUUAACUAUUUGUUCCAAGAUAAAGGGGUGAAGGGUGCACUAAAUAAAUUCUUCUUUUACAUUGAAGAUGCAAAUCAAUGGAAGUUAGAGUCGGCGGAAAUGCUUGAUAAAUAUGAUGUGCAUGAAAACCAUUGGUUGAAAUUGACUUUUGCGGUGAAAGAAAAAUGGGGCUGGCCUUACGUUAGAUCAACAUGGGCUGCGGGAAUGAGUACUACACAACUUAGUGAAUCUUUUAAUGCUUUUUUGAAGGAUUACAUUCGUUCUGAUUUUAACUUAAAUGAAUUCUUCAUGCAUUUCGAAAGGAUACUUUACGAGAAGCGAUACAAGGAGUUAGAAGCAGAAUAUGCUUUGUGCCAAAGGUUGCCAAUGGUGAAAGCAACAAUAGGAAUGUUAAUUCAAAUGGGUAAUGUCUACACAAAAAAGAUCUUUGAGGAAUUUCAAAAUGAGUACUUUCAAUCCAUUGAAUCAGACAUAGAAGCAAUUAAAUAUGGCGAGGCUAGUACCAUUUACACAGUUGUUGAUGUUGGUAACAAACAUGCAAGGAAAGUGAAGAUGGAGAGGGAUGACUCUUUGGGUUGUAAUUGUACAAAGUUUGAAAGGGAAGGAAUCUUGUGUUGUCACUCAUUGAAGGUUAUUAGAGACAUAUUGAAGAUGAAAGAGGUUCCUCCACAAUACAUUCUAAAGAGGUGGACCAAACAAGCAAGAGCCGAAGCUGUGAAGGACAUUAAGGGGAAUGACAUUGAAGUAGAUGUGAAAUUCCAACAAGUCUCGCGGUAUAAGACAUUGAUGACCGCAUUUAGAGCUCUAGCAAGUAGAGCUGCUGAAACUGAAGAAACUUAUGAUUUUUGUAUUGCACACCUUGCUACAUUAGGUGCAAAUGUUAAAGGCAAGUUAAGUGCUCAUUUUGGUGUUGGAAAUGAAGUAGGUAAUGAUGAUGACACCCAAAGCUUUGAAGUGGAUUGCGAAGAUGUGAAUCAUGUUGUGCAACCAAAAGGAUUGAAGAAAAAGGUGGCAACUGGUUCAACAGUUACACCUUCUCCACUAUCUGUUGGAGGAGAUAUAUAUGUUUGUCAACAUGUUCCUCCUCUUCAACCUCUUCAUCCCCUUCAUCGUCUUCCUCCAUCUUUGCCCAUGGGUGGUAAUUAUAUUCCUCCGCCAUUGAUGUAUCCCACAUAUCAUGCGAACAAUUUGUGGGAGAUGUAUGUGGUGCCAAAUUAUUUGCCAACUUCAAUGCCUCAACGGCAUUCUGCUCAACCAACAUUUCAGUCACUACUACAAGGUUCAUGUGGAUAUGACAUUGGGUUUCGAUAUUCUCAAGAAUCAACUACUCCAAUGUGUAGUCAGGUUAUGGACAAGCAGAAACAGAAACAAACUGAUGCUGAAAUUGGGCUGGAAAGUGAAGUCGUGGCCUCUAAAAUUGUGAAGCACAUUGUUGCUGGAAAGUGA